UAGGAUGUAGUCUGUAAACCUUAAAGAAGAAGAAGCCCAUAGACGACAGUCUCAAGAUAAAUGUUUCUUCAUAAUGUCGAAACAACAGUUGUUGACUGUGUUUAUAGCCAAGCGAUUAAUAUCGGCAGCUGUGAACAUAUUUGGGAUAGAAGAAAGGUGUAUAGCCCAGUACCAGGAGCCACUAGCAGCAGUGACUGUUGAGAUAAUGGCGGCGGUGGAAACGACGCUUGAACAAGAGCUCUCUAGUUCAAAGCAGGAGAUUGAACGUCUACGGAGGCUUCUUCUGGAGUUGGGAGCAGACCCCCAGCAGCUAACUGUCCCUGAAGAGGAGGUUCCCCCUGAGCAGCAGCACUGUGAGCAGGAGUGGAGCCCCAGUCUGGGGCAGCAGGACACAGAGCCCACACAGAUUAAAGAGGAACAGGAGGAACUAGGGACGAGUCAGGAGGAACUCGGGACGAGUCAGGAGGAACUCGGGACGAGUCAGGAGGAACUCGGGACGAGUCAGGAGGAACUCGGGACGAGUCAGGCGGAACUCGGGACGAGUCAGGCGGAACUCGGGACGAGUCAGGCGGAACUCGGGACGAGUCAGGCGGAACUCGGGACGAGUCAGGCGGAACUCGGGACGAGUCAGGCGGAACUCGGGACGAGUCAGGCGGAACUCGGGACGAGUCCGGAGGAACUCGGGACGAGUCAGGAGGAAGAGCAGCUUCACAGACUUGAGUCUGAUUCCACAGAUGUUGUAGAGUUCAUAUUUACUGCUCCUCCCUGUGUGGAAAAGUACUCUGAUCGGGACAGAGAGAGAGAGAGGGACUCUCUACCCACCAACACAACUGAACAGACCCAAACAGAACCUAAUGGAGAGGACUACAGAGUAUCAGAACCAACCAGUGACUCUCUGCUCCUCUCUGCAGUAAAUCCAGACUGUUCUGCAGCUCACAGUGAAAUCAUUGUAAGUGUGGAUGAGGAUGAGAGCGAGGAGCCUGUGUUAAAGACCCUCAGAUCAAGGAGGACACAGGCAGAGAAACGACAAAGCUCUCAAGUCUGCACUGAGGCCAAGACAACCAGUGAGCUGAAAGAACCAUUAAAGUCUCACGCAAAUAAGAAACCAUUCAAAUGUCCUGUGUGCAGUAAACGCUAUCAGACACUAGGCGGUUUAAAAACGCAUCAGAGAAUUCACUCAACUGAAAAUAAUCAUCACUGCAAGAAAUGUGGCAAAUCAUUUAACUUGUUAAAACAAUGGAAGAAACAUAUGAAGAAUCACACAGAGGAGGAAUCACCGACGUGUCACGUGUGCAGUAAAAGCUUUAAACUACCAAACCAUCUGAAAACUCAUAUGAGAUGCCACACCGGAGAGAAAUCCAGUCAGUGUCCGACGUGUGAAAAACACUUUAAAUCAGCGAAAGACCUAAAGAAACACCAGAGAAUUCACAUUGAAGAUCAACUGUACCAGUGUCCGACAUGUGAAAAACACUUUAAAUCAAAGUACAACCUUAAACACCACAAGAAAAUUCACACCGAAGAGAAAUCGUAUCGCUGCAAUGAUUGUGUCAAGUGCUACAGGACAAAGACUGGCUUAGAAGAGCACGUGAGAACUCACACAGGGGAGAAACCUUUUAAGUGUUCUGUGUGUGAAAAGUGCUUUACUUCAACAACCAUUCUAAGACGCCACGAGAGAACUCACAGUGGAGAGAAACCGCACGGAUGCACACAAUGCAACAAACGCUUCCCUGUCAAGUCAGACCUGGUUAAACACAUGAGAACGCACACAGGGGAGAAACCGUUUAGCUGUAAAGAAUGUGACAAAUGUUUCAGUCAUAACAUUAGCCUGAGACUGCACAUGAGAACUCACACAGGGGUGAAACCUUACAGCUGCACAGAAUGUGGCAAAUGUUUUUCUGUUAACAGUAACCUGAGAAUGCACAUGAAAAUUCACACAGGAGAGAAAUCGUUUUGUUGCCAAGAAUGUGGUAAAUGUUUCCGGCAUAAAAUUAGCCUGAGACUGCAUAUGAUGACUCACAGUGGUGGAGAGAAUCUUCACGAAUGUUCUCAAUGCAACAAACGUUUCCCCAUCAAAUCUCUCCUGGUUAAACACAUGAUGACACACACAGGGGAGAAAUCUAAUAGCUGCAAAGAAUGUGGCAAAUGUUUCCUUCAUAACAUUAGCCUGAGACUGCACAUGAGAAUGCACACAGGGGAGAAAUCAUUUACCUGCAUAGCGUGUGGCAAAUGUUUCCAAAACAAGAUGGUUCUGACGAGGCAUAUGAGAACUCACAAAGCAGAGAAUCCAUAUAAAUGUCCUCUUUGUGUCAGUUCCCUUACGUCAUCAAAUGAACUAAAACAUAUCUACUUGGGAGAGAAACCAGAGACCGACCAACCAGAGAAUCCAUCGUGCCUCUGCAGCGAUUGUGGCAAACGCUUCCCAACGAUGAAAACCCUGAGAGACCACAUGAGGACCACACAUGAAGAAAGAAGGCAUCCGUGUUCUGUUUGUGGAGAUUUCUUUAUGUCGUUGGGUUCUCUUAAAGUUCACCAGAAAAUACACACAGGAGAGAAACCCCACCAGUGUUCUGUUUGUGGGAAAUAUUUUGCAUUGUAGUGAUGGAAAGUUUGGCUCUUUUUACAGACUCUGAUCUUUGAAUCAUUUAAAUAAAUAAAAUAA